GCUCAACUGACUCCAGUCUGUGGAAAUACUAACUGCUGCUCACCGAGACGGACAAGCUGCUGCUAGACUCCGACCACCACCACUGGAUCUCGAAAUGGCGAACAAUUUCACUGCCCCCUCUCCAACUCCUCAGGGAAAUGGCUGCGACCUCUACAUGCACCACAGCACCGCCAGGAUACUCAUGCCUCUGCAUUACAGCCUCGUCUUCAUCAUUGGACUUGUGGGAAACAUGCUGGCCUUGGUUGUCAUCAUUCAAAACAGGAAAAAAAUCAACUCUACUACCCUUUAUUCAACGAAUUUGGUGAUUUCUGACAUCCUUUUCACCACUGCUUUGCCUACACGGAUAGCCUACUAUGCCCUGGGCUUUGACUGGAGACUGGGCGACGCCUUGUGCAGGAUAACUGCGCUUGUGUUCUACAUCAACACAUAUGCGGGAGUGAACUUCAUGACCUGCCUGAGCAUCGACCGCUUCUUUGCUGUGGUGCAUCCCCUACGCUAUAACAAGAUGAAAAGAGUCGAAUAUGCAAAAGGGGUUUGCAUAUUGGUCUGGCUCCUAGUAUUCGCUCAGACACUCCCACUGCUCAUUAACCCCAUGUCUAAGCAGGAGACGGAAAGGACUACAUGCAUGGAAUAUCCAAACUUUGAAAACAUAGAGUCACUACCCUGGAUUCUGCUCGGUGCGUGUCUCAUAGGGUAUGUGCUUCCACUCGUCAUCAUUCUCAUUUGCUAUUCUCAGAUCUGUUGCAAACUCUUUAGAACUGCCAAACAAAACCCUCUAAGUGAGAAAUCAGGUGUAAACAAAAAGGCCCUCAACACAAUUAUUUUCAUCAUUGUCGUAUUUGUUCUCUGCUUCACGCCUUACCAUGUUGCAAUUAUUCAACACAUGAUUAAGAAGCUUCACUUUCAUGAUGCCUUAGAAUGCAGCCAAAAAUACUCAUUCCAGCUUGCUCUGCACUUUACAGUAUGCCUGAUGAACUUCAACUGCUGCAUGGACCCUUUUAUAUAUUUCUUUGCAUGUAAAGGGUACAAGAGGAAGGUCAUGAAGAUGUUGAAACGUCAAGUCAGUGUAUCGCUUUCCAGUGCGGUGAGGUCAGCCCCCGAAGAAAACUCACGUGAGAUGACAGAGUCCCAGAUGAUGAUACAUUCCAAGACUUCAAAUGGAAAGUAACAAGGACUGUCUGGGACCCAAAGUGAACGGGAUGACCAACUCUGCUAGGACUUCUAAGGCAAAUGAUCACUCAACUUCUGACUGGGAUUCCUUUUAGUUCGUUUCACUGGACACUAUUUCCUGUGGUGAAAGUGGAAGUAAACUGAGUGAUAUGUCAGCCUGAGAGAACACAACACAAGUUCUAAUUCAUAAAUAAUAUAUCAACCAGGAAGGCCUUUUUCUUUUCUUUCUUUUUUAGUGGUACUGGUGACUGAACCCAGGGCCUUGCACUGAGCUACAUGCCCUCAUCCUUUUUUAUUUUUAUUUUCUCAAAUUUUGAGUCAGAGUUUCGCUAAGUCACCUAUGUCAGGUGAUCCUUCUGCCUUGGCCUCUCUGAGUGCUGGGAUUACAGUGCUGUUCUGCCAUGUCUAGCUAGGAAGCUGUCUUAAUAACUCAACAUAAAAGGAAAGGUUUGAGCUAAUAAAAACUCAAUCAUUUCCUGUCAAUAGUUUGGCACAGGAGAAAAGACUGGUUAGUGUAAAAAUGUUAAUACUGUACAGUAUUUUUGGUAAUGUAUUUCUUAAAUCUAUUAUCUUUUGUAUUUUAGAUUUUACCUCUCAGUAACAUUUUGCUUUGUUUUGUUUUGUUCUGAGUCAUAACUAUUUCACUGAACACUUUUGGAAUAAAGAGUAGGAUGCCAUGAAGUUAUGAGUUCGUCUGUCGAUGUUCACU